UGAAACAGUGCAACCAACUGUCAAAAACUUAUCAUAUGUAAAAAAAAAUAUACACAGCCUAUUUAUACGUGAAAACAAGAUGGAGAAGAUACCAAGAGGAAAGCGCGCCAGCGAAAACCAAAAAGAGUUUUUAAUAAAUUAUCUAGAAGACAAUGUAGACAUUGCAAACGAUAAAUUUGUGACGGCAGAUGGUGCCAAAUUUCGCGAAGAAAAGUGGAAAGAACUAGCGGUGAGCCUUAAUGCUCUUGGCGGCACUCAAAAGAAUGGUGCAAAAUAA